AUGGCGGGGAACGACUGCGGCGCGCUGCUGGAUGAAGAGCUCUCGUCCUUCUUUCUCAACUAUCUCUCUGACACGCAGGGUGGGGACUCAGGGGAGGAACAGCUGUGUGCUGACUUGCCGGAGCUCGACCUCUCCCAGCUGGACGCCAGCGACUUUGACUCAGCCACGUGCUUUGGGGAGCCGCAGUGGUGCCAGGAGACCGCCGAGACUGAGCCCAGCGAGUACAGUCCUGGUGACUCCGAGUUCUUCCAGAUUGACAGUGAGAAUGAAGCUCUCUUGGCUGCUCUCACUAAGACCCUGGAUGACAUCCCUGAAGAUGAUGCGGGGCUGGCUGCCUUCCCGGAACUGGAUGAAGGAGACACAGCAUCCUGCCCCCUAGCUUCACCUGCCCCCUUAUCUGCGCCCCCCAGCCCUGCCCUGGAGAGGCUUCUGUCCCCAGUGUCUGAAGUGGACGAGCUUUCACUGCUGCAGAAGCUCCUCCUGGCCACAUCCUCCCCAACAGCAAGCUCUGACGCUCUGAAGGAGGGGGCCACCUGGUCCCAGGCCAACCUCAGGUCCAGAAGUCAGCGGCCUUGUGUCAAGGUGGAUGGCAACCAGGAUAAGAAGAGUCCCAUGCUGCGGUCUCAGAGCCGGCCUUGUACAGAACUGCAUAAGCACCUCACCUCCGUGCUGCCCUGCCCCAGAGAGAAAGCUUGCUCUCCAACCCCCCACCCAAGUCCUCAGCUCCUCUCCAAGGAGGACGAGGAGGUGGGGGAGGACUGUCCAAGUCCCUGGCCAGCUCCAUCCUCUCCCCAAGACUCCCUAGGACAGGACAGGGCCAGCCCCAGCACUGUCCAGGCUCCCCAGGAGGAUGUGAGGGCCAUGGUACAGCUUAUUCGCUACAUGCACACCUAUUGUCUGCCCCAGAGGAAGCUGCCCCAACAGGCACCAAAUCUGGCCCCCAAGCCCUGCAGCAGCCCCUCCAGGCAGGCCCCACCCCGAUCCUGGCAUCCCCCCAAACCCAUGUGGACUGAGUUCUCCAUCCUAAGGGAACUUCUUGCUCAAGAUGUCCCCUGUGAUGUCAGCAAGCCCUACCGCCUAGCCACACCUGUCUAUGCUUCCCUCACACCCCAGUCCAGGCCCAGGCCCCCCGGAGACAGUCAGGCCUCCCCUGCUCACUCUGCCAUGGCAGAGGAGGUGAGGAUCACAGCUUCCCCUAAGAGCGCUGGGCCUAGACCUAGCCUGCGCCCUCUGAGGCUAGAGGUCAAGCGGGAUAUCAGCCAGCCUGCCAGGCAAAAGCAGGAGGAAGAGGAGGAGGAAGAGGAGGAAGAGGAGGAAGAAGAAAAAGAGGAGGAGGAGGAAGAAGAAUGGGGCAGGAAGAGACCAGGCCGUGGCCUGCCAUGGACCAAACUAGGGAGGAAGCCAGACAGCUCUGUGUGCCCCGUGCGGCGUUCCAGGAGACUGAAUCCAGAGCUGGGCCCUUGGCUGACAUUCACUGAUGAGCCCCUAGGUGCUCUGUCUUCAAUGUGCCUGGCUACAGAGACCCACGACCUGGAGGAAGAACUGGGCAGUCCCACAGACAGCAGUCAAAACCAGCAGCUCCCCCAGGGAUCCCAGAUCCCAGCCCUGGAAAGCCCCUGUGAGAGUGGGUGUGGGGACACAGAUGAGGACCCAAGCUGCCCACGGCCUCCUUCCAGAGUCUCCCCCAGGUGCCUCAUGCUGGCCUUGUCACAAAGUCACCCUCUUGGCAAGAAGAGCUUUGAGGAGUCCUUGACGGUGGAGCUUUGUGGCACGGCAGGACUCACCCCACCCACCACACCUCCAUAUAAGCCCAUGGAGGAGGACCCCUUCAAGCCGGAUACCAAGCACAGCCCAGGCCAAGACACAGCUCCCAGCCUCUCUCCCGAGGGCCUUCAGCUCACAGCCACCCAAGGGACCUCCCACAAGCUGCCCAAAAGGCACCCGGAGCGAAGCGAGCUCCUGUCCCACCUGCAGCAUGCCACAGCCCAGCCAGUCUCCCAGGCUGGCCAGAAGCGUCCCUUCUCCUGCUCCUUUGGAGAUCAUGACUACUGCCAGGUGCUCAGGCCAAAGGCUGCCCUGCAGAGGAAGGUGCUUCGGUCCUGGGAGCCAAUUGGGGUUCACCUUGAGGACUGGCCCCAGGAGGGUGCCACUCCACCAACUGAAACAAAGGCCCCUAGGAAGGAGGCAGACCAGGGCUGUGACCCUAUCCCUAAGGACAGCAUGCAGCUGAGAGACCAUGAGAUCCGUGCCAGCCUCACAAAGCACUUUGGGCUGCUGGAGACUGCCCUGGAGGAUGAAGACCUGGCUUCAUGUAAAAGCCCGGAGUACGACACUGUAUUUGAGGACAGCAGCAGCAGCAGUGGCGAGAGCAGCUUCCUGCUAGAGGAGGAAGAGGAGGAUGGAGCAGAGGAGGAGGAUGAAGGAGAGGACUCAGGGGUCAGCCCUCCCUGCUCUGACCACUGCCCCUACCAGAGCCCACCCAGUAAGGCCAGUCGGCAGCUCUGUUCCCGCAGCCGCUCCAGUUCUGGCUCCUCAUCCUGCAGCUCCUGGUCACCAGCCACCCGGAAGAACUUCAGGCGUGAGGGCAGAGGGCCCUGUUCAGAUGGAACCCCAAGCGCCCGGCAUGCCAGGAAGCGGCAGGAAAAAGCCAUCGGUGAAGGCCGUACGGUAUACAUUCGAAAUCUCCCCAGUGACAUGAGCUCCCGGGAACUGAAGAAGCGCUUUGAGGUCUUUGGCGAGAUAGUAGAGUGCCAGGUGCUGACAAGAAGUAAGAGAGGCGAGAAGUACGGCUUCAUCACCUUCCAGUGUUCAGAGCACGCUGCCUUGUCUGUGAGGAAUGGCGCCACCCUGAGGAAGCGCAAUGAGCCCUCCUUCCACCUGAGCUACGGAGGGCUCCGGCACUUCCGCUGGCCCAGAUACACUGACUAUGAUCCCACAUCCGAAGAGGUCCUUCCCUCAUCUGGGAAAAGCAAGUACGAAGCCAUGGAUUUUGACAGCUUACUGAAAGAGGCCCAGCAGAGCCUGCAUUGAUAUCAGCCUUAACCUUCGAGGAAUACCUCAAUACCUCAGACAAGGCCCUUCCAAUAUGUUUACGUUUUCAAAGAAGUAAGUCUAUGAGAAGGAGAGCGAGCCAAUGAGCAAGCGUGAGAGAACACACGUGAGAGAGAGAGACUUGAAUCUGCUGUCGUUUCCUUUUAAAAACAAAUCAAUGUUUACAUUGAACAAAGCUGCUUCUGUCCGUGAGUUUCCAUGGUGUUGAUAUUCCACUGCCACAUUAGUGUCCUCGCUUCCAGCGGAUCGUCCUGGGUGCACCUCAAAGUGCUGUCAGUCAUCCUCUGCCCCUCCCACCCGACUGACUUCUGUCCGUAGACUUGAGCCGUGUUCGCCAUAACAUCUUCUGUCUGUAGCGUGUGAUGAUGAAAUAGAAUCAGGAUUAGAAACUCAUUUUUAAUUGAAGAAAAAAAAAAAGUAUAUCCUUAAAACAAAUGUAUUUAUGGCUCAGCUAUCCUGUGCCUGGGAUUAUCGUAUUGCUUCCUUGACUGUUUAACUAUGCACUGUCACGAGGUGUUUGCUACUCAGCUGCGCUGCUCCCCUGGCCAUGUAGUCCUGGAGGUGCUGGGUGGCCCCUAGGUCCCCAGAAAAGAGCGGCUUGCAGUCACAAGUGUGAAGAAGAGAGAGGUGUCCAGCUAUCUUCUAUCAAACACCGGGGUCUCUUCCUUUGAGUGAGCGCCACUCAGGUUGUAAUAAGGAUCCCUUUUCCCUGUCUGACUCACUUUUGGAGAGUGCCUGUCUCUAGUGCUCAGAGCCUUGAGUGCCUAUAAGGUGGGGCAAGCCGUGUUAGACCCAUUCCACAGGGAAAGAGGACAAUGUCCUGAGAGGUGAAAUGUCUUGCCCAAGGGAGCAGACAGAGCUGCAGUCCACACCAUGCCCCCCGACUCCUGGCCCCAGCCUGCUGCUGCAGUUAGCAUAAAGAUGCAAAGGUCAGAGGCUUAAAGAGUGGAAUUAGGUAAAUUGAGCAGUAGGCUAGAAGCCUAAUAGCUCAUUUAAGAAUUAGGCCCCAACAGUUGACUCACCAGCGCGAAGGCAAAUGUAAGCUUCGGCACAGGCUCGGGUCUCCUUCAGCUUUGGUCCUCAGUGUCCUGUGACUUACCCUUCCUGCGGAUAGCCCUCAGGCUCUGAGACACCUGCCAGUGGCACACAGACAUCACCCAGGAGCAGCCAUUUGGGGCAGAGAGGGCAACUGGCAGCCUCUUCUAUAUUCUACUGUUGUCCGUGCCUGUCCCUGCUCUGUAGAGUUAUAUAUAGGUGUUGAGUGAGGAGGUUGUACAGGUUGGGGGUGGACAAGGCACUCGCAAGGAACAUUCACAGUGGGGUCUUCCUUGAACCGUUCUUGACUACCGUCAAAGCCAUAUCCAGUGUGACAUUCCCUGGGUUCCCAGGGGGUCGUUUGUAUGGAGAACUAGCUGGGCAGAGUAUCCGUUCUAAUGCUUCAUAUAGAUCAGUUCCUCCUUGGUCUUGUGACAUUUUCUUCCUUUCUUUCUCCAGUGUUCUACCAAAUAAGGAUGUUUGAUAAAUGACUCAUCAUUAAACUAACUAGGCUAAAUUAAUCAGCUGCUAAAGCCAGGCUUAUUCCUUUGAGAAUUGGUUAAUAUAUAUUUUUUUUAAUAUUAUCAAAUACCUCAGUAGAGAAAGUGAGGCCGUGCUCUCAUGCUUGGUGUUCAGAAUACUCCCCACCCAUAGAUAAGGCUGGAAAAGACCGGCUUUAGUGGGAAUAGGGAAACAGAGUAUCUGUGUGUCAGAUUCUCCCUAAAUCCCAGUUGACCUCCCUAAAUCCCAGUUUCCUUUCCUGUGAAAUGGACUGAGGAGCACAGCUAAACAGCAGAAGUCUUAACUGUUUAGGCGGUGUCUAGCCACAAUUGUGACUCCCACAACCGAUGCCAAUGCAGACAUAAUUAACUGAUCAUAACACUAAUUUUUUUUUUUUUUUUUUUGAGCCUGGUUGUCCUAUUAGAAUCCUCGACACAGUGCUCUGGAAGGCAUUAGUAAUUGGCCAGUGUUUAAUUUAAUUGACAUCCUGGUCUACUUUUUGAAAGGCUACUAUUGUAGAGCCAUAUGCUAGCUGGUUUUUAUGCUGGCUCGUCCCUGUCAUGACCUGAUCCAUGGUGAGGAGUUGGGGAGGGUGCCCUUGAAACCAUUACUUGGCAGAAGACUCCCAAUACUAUUACAAAAUGCAAUAGUAUAGAGAGGGGAGGGGUGGAAUAGCAAGCAGGAACAGAACUGUAGAAUGUGUGGCUUCUAAGGAUAGAUCCAAAAAGGGACUUUGCACAGCACAGAGCCAAUCGUUCUGAAUUCCUUUAGAGUUGUUCAUUUCCUAACAGAUGGUAGGCACAUGGAAAAUGGGUAUGGAAUGGAACAGAAUUAAAGUUCUUCAGUUGCAUCCACUAAAACUUGGGCUCUUAUCACAGGGAAAGCUAGUGUUUACUGAAAUCGUCUGCUGGGAAAGGGACUAGAUUUAAUCUAGGGAACCAUUUGAAUUCUGACCACCACCAAGGGACUUUUGUGGCUUUUAAGUCCCUUCUUCCUGGACCUCAGAGUGUAGGAGUUGUCCAGGGAACCCUGGGCUCUUAACUGUUUGCUUCUGCAGUUACACUGGGCCAGAUGAUGGUUUCUGGGGAAAGAACAAAUUCUUAAUAAAUCCUAAGACUUUUUCUCCCUAGCCAGGGUUAACUGGAGCUGCCCAGUCAUUUCACUCUCUGGCACUCAAAGUCACUUAGAUGUGGGCUCUUGAGCAGAACAGAACCUUGAGCCUUGCCCUGGGGCCUAAUGAACCAGAGGUCAUUGGUGGGAGCUGAUGCCCCCCCAAUACUUUCUGGUAUUCUCCACUCACCCUUCUAUGAAAAUGGGCUACCAGCUCUGCAGAUGACCAUCUCUCUCUGGAAGAUUCACUCGGUGCUGCACGUAAUUUACCAAGGAGACUGUCAGGCCCCUCCAAGACUAGGAGUCCAUCUUGGUCUCUUUCCCAUCAAGUCAAGAAGUCACCCAGAGGGAGCAGCUGCUAUUGGCAACCAUCUCGUUGUAGCUGUCCUCAUGUGUCUCAAUGAUGUUUACGUGUAAUUGACAUACAGCUUCCUAUAGACUGUGUUGACAGCCGCCCAGGGAGGGCAGGCAUCGUGUCAUCUUUGUGCUGUGCUGGUGUUUUCUAGAAAUGUCCAACCCAACCACUAAGUGGAAUUCUUUCAUCUCCUUCCUCAGUCAGCACAAGGCUGAAUCAGAGUCCUCUCUCAGGAGGACUCUGUUACCGAAGGAAAAUGCAUCAAAUAGAUUAAGAAUAUGAGUGGAUGGAGUGCAGCUAAGAUCCCUACUCCCCAUCCCCCUGACAUACAUUAUGGCCCCAACUAGAAAAAUGCUUUGAGUCAAGAAGUCCCUUUCCUAUGCCUGUGUGUAUCUGUUGAUCUUUUAGAAUCUGGUGAGCAGCAAGCCUCCAGGGCUGGGAGGAGUGCCUAGAGCCAGCCACAAAGACUUGGCCCUCAAGUCCUAAUGUGGGAAGACAUACAGUAAGAUGUCUUUGUGACCUCAAGUCUUACAGGUCAGUGUUUUGGGGAAGAGGUGAUAUGCCUGCCAUGGCCACUGUGCAGGUGGUAAAUGGAAAGAAAGCUCAGGCAUCCCACUCUUCUUGCAUGGCCAGCUCUAUCUAGGGUCUGUCCCAGUCUUUGAGGUGAGUUCACCUCUCGGCUGACCCUGCUGCCACAGAGGCAAGGGCACUUCUCCAUGAGCCAGAGCCACCCUUAGAGGGUGUGUUGAUGAGACUCACUGAGGUCAAAAGUAUUUUUCUUAAUGUCUGAUUUCCAGCGGUUGUUAUCAGCUUGAGAAAGCCAUAUCCCAGUGUCACACGUGACAGUGGAAAGGGGUUGGGUGUGUAAUGGUAAAUAGAGUGAACCUGUUGGUUUCGUUAACCAAAGAAAAGGGAUCCCUUCACCCUUCUCGAUGGGGUAGAAGGAAACUAACUAGUGCUUAUGUGCAAUAUGUUGACACUGCUCUCCAAAUCCCUGAGGGUUUUGUGCACAGAUGAGCUCCAGGGUUGUUUGAAGAGUCUGGGGAUACAGGGUAAGUUAAGGGGGAGCCUGGGAUAGAAAGUUCCAUGCACAGAGAUGGCCUUGGCCUAGAACAGAUGGGAGUGUGGGCUGGGUGCCCUGCCUAGCUGCGAAAUGCUGGAACACCCAGGAAGUAGCUAGGCAGAUACUUUACACUAGUGAAAGAAAGCACUUUGAGAAACCUGACACUUCAGCCUUGCUCCACACUCUCCUCUGGCAAAUAUGUGUAUCCUUUAUCUGUGUGAGGUGCUGUCCUAAAGGCUGGGCUGGAGAUGGGUAAGGGGGGCUAGUGUAAGAAGGAACAUAGAGGCAUCUUUCAAGGCAGUAGUCAAAGAGAGCCAGCCCUCAGUCGCCUUCUUCACUAGAAGCCCAAGAAACAGAAUGAUGGGUUUACAUCUUGGUACCCACUGUUGUAAAAACUGAAAUCACAGCCUAGUCAAUUGCAAUGCUUUGUGGAGCAACAUUUCACUAUAAGUUUCUUACUUGCUGUGUGACCUUAGGCCCCUGAGCUAGCAAAUGAGGCUGUCCAUGGAAGCCCAGAGUUCCACUCCCUGGCUAGCUCAGGGUGUGUGUGUAUGGGGGAGGGGCACUUUCUGCAAGGUAAGCAGCCUCCAAGCAGAAUGAGAUCCACACAGUCCUGGCUGAGGUGCCUUUUAUGAAGAGGCUAGCUCCCCAGGACAGAUCCAAGCCAUAGUUUCUUGUGGGGUGGUAAGGAAUUAACUAACCCUCGCUGACGAUUUCUCGUCUCACCUUAGCCUUCUCAUCAUCCCCACCGAACAGCUUUUAAUCUGAAUGUUGUGAUCACUUGGCCGUUUCUCGCUUGCUUGCAGACGAUACUAGCAAUACACUUGUUUUUCCCAAGCAGCUCAACUUCGACAGUUUUCACACACUGCUUUCAGAUGAUUGUAAAAUCUGUGGGACAGCAGGAGGCAUGGAUCACACUGCAUAUGUUUAGGGCAGCUUUUGGGGUUUUAUUUUUUGUUUUUUUGUUUUUAAUCUUUAAUGGCAUAGUAGCGGUGACCACGCCUUUGAGAUUUGGGAAGACAGAUUUUUCACAAAGCCAUUUCAUUGGAAUGCCAUGGACAUCCAACUGCCCAGACUUGAGGCCCCUGCAACAUACGGUUUCUAGAUGGUCAAUCUCUACAACGUCUCCUUCAAAAGGUAUUCAUGUGGCUACAAUCCCU